UUCUCCUCUCCUCGCCGCCUAUAAACCAAGAGUUACCGCAACAAAAGUUGCUUCGUGUAAUAAGGAACCUAAGUUCAGCUGAGAAAACAUAAAUAUUUAUGUACAGUUAUAAGUACUAGUUAUAGAUCGUCACACAUGUGUACAAAUACUUGUGAUUAUCAGUAAAAAUCAGAACAAUAGAAUGUAAAUACAAAUAGUCCCAAAACCAUAAAUAUUUCCCUUCCCAUUGUUAGAAGUAGAUAGGUACACAUAAGAUGGAAAACAACUGACCUGCGCGUCGGUACUAGCAUAAGUAUAAAUAGAAGUAGUUUGAAAAAGAACCAACAGAAUAAAUUGACCACUGAGCGCAGAACACCGCGUAUAAUCAUUUAUUUAAUUGGCGCCCAGCGAGUUUUUGUAAGUCUGUUCCCAAAAUCCUUAUGUCAGGAUAAUAGAACAGCAGAAGAACCCCCUACAAAAAAAAUCAAGUGAAGUCGAAAAAUCGUGCAUCGGGAAGAAAAAAGAGGUCAAAAAUCCCACGCCAAGGACAAUCUGGAGGAAAAAAAGGAAAUCAACAAUUCCACGCCAGGAAAACGGGACAUGAAGCUGUACUUAAUGAUUUAGUUGUAGACAGUAAAAUUUCGCCAUAUGAGAUCUGAACACGGUGGAUAAUGGCCUUGGCAGACGACAGCCCUGCUUGCCAUAAGCGGGCUUAAUUUGCAUUACUUGCGUAUUUGAUUCAUGUUAAUGCAAAUUAAUAAAAAUUUUGUGCAUUUGGUUGAAUUUACCAAAUUUGAGUAGGCAACACUGCCCAAAAAUUGCCGAUUUUUGCUAUUGUGAAUGGUGAUUGAUAGAAAGAAGAAGAAACGUAAACAUUAAAUAUUUUUGAAUAGCGUUAGAGAUGGCUGAAAAUAAAAAACGCACAGUUUGGACGAGCGCCGACGAAAGUGAGCUAAUUGAUUUGUGGCGUGAACGAGCCGAAGAUUUGCGACAUGCUAAGCGCAAUUUGCAUAUUUAUACAGAUAUAUCUGUGCAAAUGACACAUAAAUUUACACCGAAGGAAGUGCAUGUCAAAAUACGAAACUUAACACAAAAAUAUAGAGAGGAAAAGAAAAAAGUUGGACCCUCGGGUUCGUCGGAGUGGAAACUUUUUGAUACAGUUCAUCAAAUAAUGGGACUGACGGCAGCCAAUAAUGCAGAAACAAAAGAAUUGUUUGAUUUCGUGGACAUAUCGUCAUCAACAUUUCUGCCGUUUCAGUCAACUACACCCACAGCAUCACCAGUAACAAUGCCAUGCGCAGUAUCGGUAUCUGAACCGCUGUGUUCGCAAGCAAUGCCUUCUUCCAGCUCGCACUCAUUAUCGUCACUGGAUAGUUCCUCAACAUCAGCAACCAGAAAGCGGAAUUAUAAAGGUGAAAUACUAAAAAUGGCAAACGAGCAAAAUGAAUUGCUGAAGACAGUGGUAGAGGUUGGAAAAGAAUUAACAGAAAGACUUGUUAAUGCUAUUGAACGGCAAAAUAACACUACGCAAGAGUUCUUAGUUAUUAUGAAAAGUAUUUUAGAAAAAAUGUAAAUAGUAGAUUUUAAGUAAAUAUGAGCUAAAUAAAUGUAUGUAUAA